AUGGUGUACAUUCGGCAACAUGUCUUGCCAAACUUGCGCAACUACAAGUAUGCGGGUGUUGACCACUCGUUGAUCAGUCGCUAUGUCCUCAAGCCGUUCUAUAGCAAAUGUGUUAUCCAUUUGUUUCCCAUGAACAUGGCACCCAAUCUUAUUACCCUGACUGGAUUCUUGUUCGUGGUACUUAAUUUCCUCACCGUGAUGUGGUACAACCCCGGCAUGGACACGGACUGCCCGCCGUGGGUGUACGCGAGCUGCGCGAUUGGCAUGUUUUUGUAUCAGACCUUUGAUGCUGUGGACGGCAUGCAGGCGCGGAGGACGAGGCAGAGUGGGCCGCUGGGCGAGCUCUUUGAUCACAGCGUUGACGCAUGUAACACUGCCUUGGGCGUCCUCAUUUUUGCCGCCUCGAUGAACCUUGGAAACGGUUGGAUGACCAUUUUGAGUCUUUUUGGAUCGACUAUGACCUUCUAUGUUCAGACCUGGGACGAGUUCUACACUCAGGUCCUGACUCUGGGUGUCAUUUCGGGCCCCGUUGAGGGUGUCCUGACUCUCUGCCUCGUCUACGCUAUCACCGCGUACCAAGGCGGCGGCAGCUUCUGGCACCAGCCGAUGCUCGAGACCUUUGGCGUGGCCAAGCCCAGCUUCCUCUCGGACCGAGUGUAUGAGAUGCCUUUCACGCAGUGGUACCUGGUGUACGGCGCGUUUGUGCUUUUCUUCGCGACCGGCUCCAGCAUCUGGCACGUUAUGCAGGUGCGCCGCGAGCGCGGUCUGAAUCCUAUCACUCCGCUAUACGGUCUGCUGCCCAUGGUUGCUAUCUGGACCCUCGUCCCGGCCUACUUGUACCUGCAGCCUACGAUCUUGGAGAACUAUACGAUUCCCUUUGGGUUGUAUGUCGGUCUGGUGAAUGCCUACGCGGUGGGCCGCAUGAUCGUCGGCCACUUGGUGCAGUCGGGAUUCCCUUACCACAACAUCCUGCUCUACCCACUGGGUCUCGGUGUGCUGGACAGCGCCGGGGCGGCAGUUGGUCUUUGGGCAAACCCCGUGCUUGGACAUGGAUCCAACCAGAUCAUGUUUGUGUUUGGAUGUCUCGGAUUGGCGAUUGGUAUCUAUAGUAGCUUCGUGUUUGACGUGAUCACUACCAUUUGCGACCACAUCGACAUCUGGUGCUUAACCAUCAAGCACCCGUACGUCGAGGAGACCGAGCGCAAGGACGGCGCGGCCAUCGAGGCCCACGUUGAGGGCGCGGCGAAGAAGAACCUAUAA